AUGAGCUCCCCACCCAAGCCACGCGUCCAACGUGAUCGCCAGAGGGACCAGUUCGAGCGCUCAUCCCCUCCCAAGAUCGACUUCGGCAUCGACUCCACCGCCAGCGAUUUGAUGCCACCAGUCCGCGCCCCCUACAUCCUGCGCAACAAGACGAGCUCCGUCUCCUCGGGCAGCACUGCCAGCUCUCCAGACCGCGAGCGCGGCCCCAUUGCCUACCCAAACUACUACGACUACACCGACCCCGAGCCCCAGCACGCCGCACCCCGCUCUCACCAGAACGCCCACUCUCCACAGCGCGACAACAUGGCCAACAUGGCGAUGCAGGUGCCCAUCCAGCAGCAGCAGGGCCAGGGCAGGCUCGUGGACAAUGCACGCAACAGCAGCAGCAACGGUCCAGUCACCACCCAGCAGAUCGCCGCGGCCGCACGCAACGGCGCCGCCCCUCGCGGGUCCAGGCCACCCAGCUACAGCGGCUCGCAACACGGGCCUCGCUCGCCUGACGACGCUCCAUUAAACAAAGUCGACAUCGACGCUGCCCGCUACAGGCAGACGCAGCAGCGUCGACCGCAGCAGCCCGUGACCAAGGACGGGCGGCCACCCACGAACGGCAGCAACCGGGCGCCGUCAUCUGGGGGUGGCGGCAUGGUCGGCGGGCGGCCCAUCAGCCCGGAGUCUCCGUUGCUCUCCCCGGCGGCGCACAUCCAGCGCCUGCCGACGCCAAGCAUCACGUCGAGCGUGCUGCAGCCACUGGACGCCAAGGUGACCGAGUACGGGUCGCUGAUGGCCGAGGCGCAGGCGGACAUGGCGGCGCUGGACGAGGAGCUGCGGCAGCUGCAGGACCGGCAGCGCGAGGCCGAGGCGCGGUUCCUCGACGCCAAGUCCAAGCACGACGACUACCGCCGGCAGUACCACGACGUGGAGCGGGCCCUGCGGGGCGACUUUGCAAGCAGCAACGGGAACAACAACGUGCCCCCCAUGCCGUCCAUGCUGAACCUGACGAGCAGCCGCCAUGACAUGAUGGAUAGCCCCAGGGGAGGUGGCAUGCACCAAGGAGGAGGAGGCCCCAUGGGGGGACAGCCGGCGAUGAGGAGCCAGCGCACCGUGAGUGCCCAUAGCGAACAGCCCAGUAUGAUGAGCCAGGAGUCGGUGCGGACGCAGAAGAGGGGCCGGUUCAGCAGGAUAUUCGGGGUGUGA